CGGUGGAACAUUAUAAGAGACUUUUCCCACUUUUCCGAGACUAAAAAAGGCUCGUUCAGACAAGAACAGAUACUCUGUUGAUAAAAAAAAAGACUUUUGGUAAGACCGUAAGAGAAUCAAAUACAAAUCUUUUUCAAUUAACUCAUAGAAUCAAGUUUACUUCUUUGCUUUACUUCAUCGUCUUCCUCAAUUGAAGCUUUCUCUCUCUCUCUCUCUCUGGUUUGUUUCUCCUCUGCCCUAAUCAAUUAAGCAAUCAAGGUACCACCUGUUUCAAAAAUCGCCGCCGGGAAUAGGAAAACAAAGGAAAAAGGAGAAGAGAGUCCGGAGAACGACGUGUGUCCAGAAGAGACGGUCUCUUCUGUCUCUUGAUCAAGAGACGUUCCUGAGAGUAAUUGCUAUUUUUUAUUUUCUUUAAAUCCUAAUAUGCUAAGAUACUGGGCUUAAGGAACCCCGUUAAAGAUGGCCUUAUAUGCACAUAUGACAUAGUACCCCCAGAGGCUUAUCUUAUCUCUAACCAUAAAACCGAACUUUCCCAAAGAUGUGGUUACUCGCCCGACAAUAGGUUACAUAAAUAAAAUCAUUAAUAGUGGAGUAAAUGUAAGGAGACUACUCUCUUUGACCAGCUCCAAUGAGAGUCCUCCACGUCUCAUUUUCUUUAUGGCUAGAUCUUCCCAUCACUGUCUGUGGAACCGUCCUAGAUCAGACUAACUUCGGUUCUUGAAUGUCAUUUACUACUAGUCCUGAAACCUAUCACAGAAAGAACCAAGUAUCUUCCUUUCCAAGCAUCUUAAGAUGUAAUAAACGAAUAGGAUAAGAACGCUACCCAGUGAGAAGAACUUGAACAAGAAGAGCAGCACUUUGGUCAAACGCGCUUGUCUUAGCUCAUUUACAAUCUCACGUGUCUUGCAUGAAUAAAAAAGCAUUUGUUGUAUAAAACUAUCACAUAGUAGCCAAAAAGUGGUGAACUCUAAGGUUUCUUACAAAGGGAAGUAGGAGGGAAAAGAAAUGCUUUGUGUCACACACAUCUAUCUGAAAUAUAAUAUACGUGCUGAGUCCAUGCAAGGAUUGGACUAAAAUCAUGCCAGCAGAUUCAGACAUUUCAUGCAACUGAUGAUCACAUAAAGUUUCCACAGAUAAAACGUCAACAUUGCCUAAUACUUUUUUUCUAGUACGGAGGAAGACAAUGAAUCUGCUUCUUCAUUCAUAGAGAAGACAACUAGACAAGGUAGCUAUGAUCAGCAAUCAUCACACAAAAAAAAAAGAAAAUGCUUUACAUGUAUGAGAUAAAUAUUAUGAGUCAUCAGAGAUAUUUCAAUUUGAGAGGGAAUUAUGUUGCUCCAGAUAUAAGAUUAGUUUCCCUUUCCCCAGAUCUUAUGUAUAAUUGAAUACAAAUCAGAGUAGUGAACUAUUUUCAUAGAAAGAAAAUAUAAAUAAAGGUUUGUUUCAAAAAAAUAAAAAAUAAAUAAAGGAUCUCUUAUGGAAGCUCCUUUGGUCUAGUGGUUUGACCAAAGAUUCAUUGAUGCUUUCACACUAGGAGGUCUGUGUUUCGAUUCCCGGAAAAAGCAGAAUUAUGCAAAUUAAAGGAGGAACCGCUUAUAAGAGAUUUGCAGCAUGGCGUAAGAAGUACCGUCAAGGGUGGUUCCGAUAGGACAGUUCAGGUGGUGCAGUCAUACGUGAAUCUUCAUAAUGCAGGUAGAAUUGUCGACUGUAGAAUCGUCUGUAAUAUUUCUCUAAAUUUGUAAUAGCAUAAUAUAUCCAGCGUUAAAAAAAUAAAAUAAAGGAUCUCUAUUCUGAACUUUCUCCCUAUAUGCAUAGCCAAUUUCAGUUCAUGAGUGGAAAAAUAUCAGAAGUGUUAUGUUAUCACUUAUAUAUCUAUAAUAUAGCAUCCCUGAAAUGUUGGGGGCCAUAAACAUUUUUGUUGCAAAUACAUUUGUAUACCCUUGUAUAGAAAUCAGGUGGAGAAUUGCGAUCAAAGUGUGUGUGUGUGAGGUAAAUCGUAGUACCAGCCUUCUCCCAAGUAUAUAGUUACCUAAAAAGAUACUAAAUCAAAAACAUUCUAAGUUUUUGUUACGUUUACUGAUUUGAAAAUAUAGAGAAUGCAAUCUCCUAAAAUUCCCAUGAAAUAGAGAUUUUAUAGUAGCAUUUAGUUCGAACUGAUAAUUCACAAGUUCAUACACAACUUAUGAACUGGUUAAAUAGUACUUGUUGGCAAUGUUGCAGCUUCCUCAACCCAUGAAAUGGCUAGAGCCACGUAGUUUUGUAUCUUUUUUUCCAUUUUAAUUUGAUAUAUAAAAAAGAAGAAAAAUUGAUAUAUAAAGAAAAAGCCGUUCUGAUAUAUAUAUAUAUAUAUAAAUAAAAAAACAUACACAUAUUUAAAAUUUAUUUAUAAAACCCACACAAAAAAAAAACAAAAAAAAAAAACGAGAAAAAAAAAAACAAAAAAAAACAAAACCCCGUUAAUAAGUUAAGAUAAAUGAUAGAGGGUUGUGAGGCGAGAGAAAACCCUAAAGAGAAACUGAGGCAGCCGCAGAGAGAAAGAGAGAGGGAGAGAGAAAGAGAGAGAGAGAAUGGAGGAGAUGAUGAAAACGACCAAGGCAGGGGAGGAGUUGGUGCAGGCGAAGAUGCGCCGUGAGAUUACGAAGCUCGAUGAUGAGGAGAAUUUGAACCGUUGGAAAUUGAUAGGAUCGAGAGUGGUGAAAUCAAACCCAAGACCUUGAUCACUAAUUGUGGUUGGUUCCACUCUCCACAAUUUCGUGAGAGGGGACCUUUAAUUGUCAAGGAGAUGCUCUCAGUGUUCCCUAAUUCUACUUACAUUAAAUGGAAGAGAAGGUGGAUCCCCAACUCGCUAAAAGACCUGAUAAGAAUAGCAAAAGAGAGAGAGUGUACAUCUCUCGUUCUAGUUGAUACAAACCAUUUGGGACAUGGUCCGUGCAUGUGUUUAUUAUGUUCUUGAUGUUUUCUAUCUCUACUAUAUAUUUAUAUAUACGACUUUUAAGCCUCUUCUGUCUUAUAACUUUUUGCAGAUGAAAUAUGUAUUGUAAGCUUGUUGAAUGGUGCUGCCGCUUAUUUCAGGAUUUUUAAUCUCAUCCCACGUGAGGAUAUACCGGAUCAAGCAACCCCCCCGACACGCCUCGAUCCUUAUGUUCGUAUGGCACGUUUUGCUUCUCAGGCCGGUCUUGGCCUUAGCAGAUUGAUACAAUCACUCUUCCCCAAGGCCACUCAUUCCAGAACCAACAAACCCUGUCAAAAGAACCGUGCAUUUUUCCAGUACCAGGAUGGUUUUGUUUUUUACCGACAUCAUUGGUUACCCACCCUUUUCUUUUUCUUCAAAAUUAUUUUUUUGAUUUUUUUUUUUAAUCACUUAUAUAGUUCGUGUUCAUCAGGCUCCACUCUGAGAAAGCAGCCCUUUCAGAAGAAAGGCCAAAGCACACCAGGAAGGUUUGCUACUUUGUUGAGCCUUUUUCUCUUUGUGUUGGACGAGGAGAUGUAUUUAUCUUUUUUUCUUUUCCUUUUUUAUUUUAUUUUGUAGGAAGUUGGACCUCGUUUCCAACUGUUGUUUAAAGGUGUGAAGAAGGUAUCACUUGACACGGGGAGUUUAAAACUUAUCUGCAUGGUAAUUAUCACACUCCAAUCAAUUUCUGCUUCAUUUUUCUUGACUUAUAUAAACCAUUUAACUCUUUCUUGAAUCGCAGCCUCCUGCCUCUCAUUAUGACUACCCAGAACGUCAGCUUAUGAUGCCGCCUCUUUAAUAUGCUCUCAUGUUUUUUUCUUUUCUGUACAACAAAAACAAAACUUAUGGUUAUUUACGUUUGCUGUAGUAUUCUGACAUGGUCUUUUGCCUUGGGAUAUUUUUAUACUAAUAGAUUAUUUAAAAUUAUUAAUUUUCAACGUACGCAUAUAUAAAAUAGACGUGGUGUCAAGGUUUCGUUCCAAAGUUAAUGUAGCCCAGAUUAAUGUAUUCGAAAAUCUUCAACAAUCAAUUGCAAACCCCAACAAAGUACGAGUAUAUCAAAUAAACGUUUAAUUAUAGCAAAAGACGAACCGGCUUUGGUUUGCGCAAUUGAAAAGGAACAGAGGCAUAGCUAUCGUUACAUGUUCUCCCAUUUAUUCUAUAUGGCUAGAUCUUCCCACACAUUCUUGCCUUAGAAGGUUUCUCACUAAUCACUUUUUUUUUUUGAGAUUUGACAACUUCACUUUCUAAUAUUUUUUUAGUUUAUGGGACGAAAGAAAAUCAUUGGCAGCACUUGUUUCAUUUAUACAUCACAUUUUUUCUCUGUAAGUUAAUUGGAUCCAAUGAUCCGGUAAUUGAAAUGACUACCUAAUGAUGUCCAUUAUAGACGAAAUUAAUAGUUUUUUUUUUUCAUAUUGUUAAAUCUUAAUUAGCUUAUGAUUACCAUAUGUAACCUUGUUAUGUUUUACAUCCGAUUUUCUUCAUUUCCCUGUCUGAAAUGUAAUCAAAUAUGAAAUAGCCAUUGAAAACGAGAGCUGCGUUGAAAUCUAAUAUAGUAUAUAUAUAGAGAGAAGAGAGCUAUCUGCACCAUCUGUUUUUAUUAUUCUCAAAUUUAUUCUAAUCAUUACCCAUUUGAUCCAUCUCCAUCCUCUGAUUUUUAAGACAUUAAGAUUUCUUUCUGAUCUUUUUCUUUCUCUCUACCUCUGUUUCCCACAUUUUCUCAAGAAUAUCCAAACGUAGAAAAAAAAAGAAGCUUGUGUUGGUUGAUUUGGCGCGAACCCUUUUGUGUUGGUUGUGGAUUCUGGUAAAAAAAAGUUUGGGAACAGAACAAUGACGACGACAAUGGAAGCGGUGAUGGAGAUAAGUAUGGUGGACGAUAUCAUAAGAAGAUUACUAGAAGGCAAAGGAGGCAAACAAGUCCAGCUCUCAGAGAUCGAGAUCCGUCAACUCUGCGUUAACGCCCGACAAAUCUUCCUCAAUCAGCCCAAUCUCCUUGACCUCCAUGCCCCCAUUCGCAUAUGCGGUGAUAUCCAUGGACAAUACCAAGACCUCCUACGUCUCUUCGAAUACGGAGGCUACCCUCCUUCAGCGCACUACCUCUUCCUAGGAGACUAUGUCGACCGAGGCAAGCAAAGCCUCGAAACGAUCUGCCUCCUCUUGGCUUACAAGAUCCGCUACCCGUCCAAGAUCUUUCUCCUGAGAGGCAACCACGAAGACGCCAAGAUCAACAGGAUCUACGGCUUCUACGACGAAUGCAAAAGGAGAUUCAACGUCAGGCUAUGGAAGAUAUUCACGGACUGCUUCAACUGUUUGCCUGUAUCUGCUCUCAUCGACGACAAGAUCUUGUGCAUGCACGGCGGGCUGUCGCCGGAUUUGGAGAAUUUGGAGCAGAUUAGGGAGAUUCAGAGGCCUACUGAGAUUCCGGACAGCGGUCUUUUAUGUGACUUGCUUUGGUCUGAUCCUGAUCAGAAGAGUGAAGGUUGGUCUGAUAGCGAUAGAGGUAUUUCAUGCACGUUUGGAGCUGAUGUUGUUGCUGAGUUCUUGGAUAAGAAUGAUCUUGACCUCAUUUGCCGUGGCCAUCAAGUAGUGGAAGAUGGGUAUGAGUUUUUUGCUAAAAGGAGAUUAGUGACUAUCUUCUCUGCUCCAAACUAUGGUGGAGAGUUUGACAAUGCAGGUGCAUUAUUGAGCGUGGACCAAUCUCUUGUUUGCUCUUUUGAGAUUCUGAAACCUGCCCCAUCUUCAAGCGGUAUUCCUCUCAAGAAGGUUUGUUUUAAAACACAAAACACAAUUGGUUUAGCUUUGUUCUUUUCUCAACAUAAUAACACAUGACUUAUGUUUUAUCAGGUACCUAAAAUGGGCAAGUCUUGAAAUGCAAUAAAGCUUGCUCCCUUAAGCUAGGCUCUGUGCAUAUCUUCAAGAUGUAGGUUAAACUGCAAUGGAGAAGAGAACCUCAAAGACUACUUUAUUUUAGUCAUUAAAAAAGAAUCAUCUGUAAAAAACAAAACCACAUUUUUAAACUUUCUAUAUUUAAAUUGCCUUUCAUGGUUUUGUCUCUUACUAUAUUGAGUAAAAACUGUUUGGUUUACAAUGUGUUUGAGUCCCCAAAAACUCCCUAUGAGUUAUAGCAGUGAACUAUUGAAUCCAUAUGAAUGUACAAAGCCUAUUUCAAAAAGUUUAAAUGCUUAUUAGGGAUAAGUAUCCCACUUAUCCCUAAUAAUGCUAUAUGAUAAGGAACUCAAAAAGAGUUAGAAUCUUCUUCUAUUCCUAUUCCUAUUCCUUCUUCUCAAUCUUCUCUCAUCCCUCUCCUGCUGGUAAACCAACCUGAGUUAUCAAAUUCCAAAGCAAGAUUCAAAAAAGGGAAAUAAAUGUUAAGAGAUUGAAACAGAAACAAGAGAGGGAGAGAGAGAGAGGCAAACAUGUUCACGAGCGUUAUUGUUAGUGCAAGAACUGAUGCACUCCAACACAUCUGCAGAUUAAUCAUCACCACCUUGUUCUUAACAUCUUGAAGCCGCACAGUCUUUUUAAAUGACUCCACCACUGUCACCAAAACUCUCUUGCUUCCGUAACAAGGCACUUCUACAGAAUCAUCACCUGCUUGAACAGAGAACCCCACUGCUUCACAGAAUGAUGUGCCGUUAGUCUCCAACUUUGAAGCUUUCUCACAGAUGUAGGUACCAUUUCUUGCUCCACACGGUACUAUAACCUAACGCAUAAAACAAGAACUCUCUCAAACUUGUGAGUUUUAUACCUCUCAAAACACACAACCGUUCUUUUACCUGAUUAGUGGAAUCACUAGUACUAAAGUAAGCAUCAGAGCAAGCCUUAAAGACACUGUCACAGAACGAGGCACAAAUGCGAAGAGGACCCCCAACAUCUGGAUGACAGAUUGAACAUUCCAAAAGCUCAAACAAGUACAAGCAAUCUUUAGAAGCUUCUCCGUGAGUAGCUAGGUUCUGGAGAGCUAACGAAGAAGAGCAACAAGUGUUGCCAUGGAACGCAUUACAAAGGUUUAGAUGUAGUGCGUUCUCACUUGAGUUAACUGCUUCACCUGAAUAACAACAACACGCAUGAAACAGAGAGAACAGAGCAUCUUACUUAUGAAACACGACGAAUCAAGAUGAUCUAAAAAGAACUCAAAAUAACGUAACUAUGGUAGACUCGAGGUGAUCUCUGCAUUGAUAACGAAUCAAGAUGCAAGAACAUGUGAAAGAGACUCAGAGAUUUUGAUAUGCACCAGAGGAAGACGGGAUCAAGAGAGGGAGCAACAAGAUUUUGAUAUAAACGAACUUGUCGUGUAACUGAAUGUAAAACAAACUUUUAGAAAGGUCGAGAUGUAAAACAAAAGAAGCUAAAAAAUAAACUCCAUAGAAGACACUGCAAGUCUGCAAUAAUUGUAGAAGCCGGCAAACCGGACUGACAAAAACGAUAAAAUAAAAGCGAUGUUAAGGAAAUUAAACGAAUAUAAAAAACGAAUACAAGAACGAUAAGAAAUCGUAUUCGCUAAGAGACAUGGAGUCGAGAUAUGAUCUCUUUCCUUAACUCAAAAUAUUCGCUCCGUUAGUAAGACGGGACUGUACGAAUAUAGAGUCCCAGGAUACAACCAUGGCAGACGAAUCACGCCUCACUCGUGAUCGCCCUAUCGAACUAUAAACUCUACGAAACACUCUCGCAAUAUAGACGUACGCAGAGGGAUUUUUGCUGUUGGAUUUUGAUUUCGAAAAAAUUUAGAAAUGAAGGAAGAGGAGAGACGAUAUUUAAAGAGCCGGAGAAGACCCACUUUCCGCAACAGCUGCUGCACGUGGGCGAGAAUCUCGCGGAGAUCGAGGAAAGUUGAGUUCCGAAACUUCUUCCUCAAGACUCUCUCUUAUCUCGUUCUGAUCCAUUUCGAACAGAUAAACUUCGUCUUACACAAAUGUCAUGCUGUUUUUUAGAAAUAAAAUGGCAAAGCGUUGAGCUUAACUUGGUCCAAAAAGAAUAAUUCUUAUGGCCCGACACCCACGCCCACGCCGAGCCGGCCGGACGGCGGCGGCGGCGCGCGCGUGGGGGCGAGCCUAUCCUCUCAUGUGCGCCAUUUGAACAAGAGUUAGAGUGAGUACAUAUAUAUACUCCUCAUCUCUUCCAGUUCUCCCCGAUGUGGGACUUUCUCUACUUCCUUCAUUAAUCAUCAUGCCUCAAAGGCUUAUUAGAUGAUUGGCCCAAUGGCCCAUUUCGUUUUCACACAUAACUAAUAGAAUAUUGGUCCAACAAUAAUAUGCAUAGUAAUAUUUUGUUAACAAACGUGAAUUAAACUCUAUAAACAAAAAAAAAAGAAAUUCGAUUGAGUCAAAUAUAUACAUUUUAAGGUUUGUAUGUUAAUUAUAUGAAUGAAGAUUUUAUAAUCUCUUAGAUUCGUUUUAUAAAGCUUCAAAAGACUCAUCAUGUUAUUAGAAUAACAUAAUAACGUGAUGUUAAUGAAUCAAUUGAAAUAAAUAAAUACAAGAUUAAAGUCUACUCACUUGUAGCAGAAGAAACCAUGAAUGUUACAUCUCCUCCAACUUUACCGGGAAAAGAGAUCGAUAAGGUCAUAAGGCGUCGUGUUGUUAGAGAUGAAGGAGGAGUGCUUUGUGUGUUUACCAUCUUCCUUUGAUACUCUCUAGAAUUACACCAUGAUAGAAGUAAAUAAUAUGUUCAGAUUUAUUGUUAGAUUCAGGUUUAUCACGGGUUUCCAACUCAAAAUCAAUUGGCAAUUAGGGGAUUGACUCUAACACUUUAUAUAUUACUUAAUGUCCCACUGAUUUUCUAAUGCCCUUAAUUUUUAUAAUACAAAACUAACCAAGUUCCUAAUCUGUCUAUAGAGAACAGAUUAUUUUCCCAGUUUAUGUAGGACACGAAGGACUCUUAUUAUUAUAAUAGUACACAGUUGGUUUAGCUUUUUAUUUAUUUAUUUAUUUUUCUGGGUCAAAACACAGUUGGUUUAGCUAAGAAUAACUUAACACAUGGCUUUCCUAUUGUUUUAUGUUUUGUCAGGUACUUAGAAUGGGAAAGUCUUGAGAUGUAGGAAGAGAACCUCAAAGGCUGCUUUACUUAUAGUAAUCAAAGAAAAAUCAUCUGUAAAAAACAAAACAAUUUUUAAACUUUUUAUAUUUAAUUGCCUUUCAUGGUUUACAAUGUGUUGAGUCCCCAAACCUUCCUAUGAGUUAUAGCAGUGAGAUAAUUGAUUCCAUAUGAAUGUUAUAUGAUAAGAAAACUCAAAAAGAAAACUC